UGAGCUUCUCAGGAGGGUGAAAUUUUGCGAUCGAGAGUCAGAAUUGUCCUAAUUUUUUUCAAGAUGUCAGGAGGAGGAAAGGAUAGGCUGAACAUUUUCCCCUCAAGAAUGUAAGAAGAACAAUCGAUCUUACAUUUCAGUCUUUUUUGUGAAAGAAUUAAUAGAGAGAAGAUGUUUGUUUCGUUAUUUCUUUAGGGCCCUAACCUUGAUGAAAGCUCGACUGAAAGGAGCUCAGAAAGGACACAGUCUUCUAAAAAAGAAAUCCGACGCUUUGACGAUGCGUUUCAGAAAAAUUCUUAAAAUGAUCAUAGAGGUAACUAUUUAAAGCGAUAAUUGAGAUGUUUGAGAAUGCUGUUUAGAAAAAUAUUUUUAUGUUACUUAUGACGCUUCCCUGUUUUACGCGUACCACAGACCAAAACUUUGAUGGGUGAUGUAAUGCGAGAGGCUACUUUCUCUUUGGCCGAGGCAAAUUUUGCUGCUGGGGAUUUCAGGUAACAAUUUCUAAUGUGCCUUAAUUCUUAGCAGGCUUAGGACUUCGUUACGUAAUGAAUUCAGGCUUUUUUGAUAGUCGACUGUACCUUGAUCAUGUGAUUCAGUUGCUAUUUCGCCUUAACCCUUUAACCCUUUAACUCCCAUGUUUGACCAAGACAGAAUUUCUUCUUACAACAUCAAUACGGUAUCAAGCAGACAAGUGAUGAGAAUAAAGAAAAAUAUUGAUAAGGGGAUUAUUAGUUGAUCUAAUACCAAAUUCUUGCAACUAACAUCAUAAGAACUCUAUGGCAGACAGUAAGGAGAAUUACUAAUUAGAUCCUGGGAGUUAAAGAGUUAACACCCAUGAGUGACCAAGAAUUUCUCCCUACUAUAUCUAUACAAUAUCAUGCAGAAAAGUGAUGAGAGUGUGAAAGUAUUAAUUAUGGGAUUACUACUUGAUCCAAUACCAAAUUGUCUAAACUAAUGUAAUGAGAAUCCUUCAGCAGACAGUAUGGGGAAUUAUGAAAGAGAUCUUGGGAGUUAUAGGGCUAAUUAAUUGGCAUUAAUUUUAAUGCUCAGAGAUGACUUCUUAGUUAGCUUCUCCCUUUAUAACCAAUACAUUGUGCAGGAAACAAUUGACAAGAAUUAAAUGACUUAUCCACUACCUUGGAAGUAUUAUUUGUUUUGAUAUCAUUAAUCAGUGGAUAAGAUUUCCUUUAAACCUCCUACUUCAUUAUACACACUGUACUUGGAUGAAAUAAAGUGUUUAAAAAUUGGCAAAACAGUAGAUCACCUCUGGGACUACAGCUUUGAUUUGGAAUAGCCUGGGGUUAUAUGGAAGUCCUUCAGUUAACUUACCAAACUAAUUUGUUUAUAAUUUAAUGGUAAGAGCAAGGAUUUAUCCUUUCCUCAUGACAUCUCCUCUCCAUGUGCCUAGAAUCUUGUGCAAAAUCCGAUGCCAUGUCUUGUAAGCAUAGCUACUUUCACUUUGCAGACUUAAUAAUUUUGUCAUUGAUUGAAGUGAAUUUGAGCUUGUUUCUAUUUUUCUUUUAUCCUAAAAUCCCAUGUCAUGCUUGUAUUGGAACUCAGUCUGCAUAUAGACUCAUUUUGUGUCUUUUUUUUUUUUUUUUUUUUUUUAAGAAUGAAAAUUUUCUUGUACCCUUUUAUAGUCUGUGAUCCAUGUUUUUAAAUGCCAUCUUACCAUUUCAGCUAUGUGGUUUUGGAGAAUGUUGACAAGGCUCAAACUAAGAUUCGCCUCAGAAAAGACAAUGUUGCAGGUAAAGUUUUCAAUCACAAUUAUGUUUUUCAACAGCAUGACUUAAAAACUCACUCAAGUUUGCUCAUGAAACCUCACUUGAACCUCUCUGCUAAUCUGCCGUGGUUCAUGUUUUUCUCUUGUUUUACUCCUUUAAACCCUUAGUGUGACCAACAUCUAAUUUCUCCUUACAGCGAUAUUGCUGAAUAAUUCAUUAAGAUAAAGAGAACAAAGGAAAUGAUCACAUCAGGAAGUAAAUGGAGAAUAUCCUUACUGAUGUGAGGGUAUAAGGGAUACAUGUAACAUACAUUUUCUUCUGAAAAUGACAAUGGGUAAUUUAAAUGCAAUUUAUAUUUUUCCUUUGCUCUUGUUAAAUUACCAUGACAAUUCCUAAACAGGGAAAAGAAAAAUUUAACAAAUUGUCAGUGGUUUAGUGUGGUCUUUACUCAUUUGUCAACAAUGAUAUUUGUCAUCACAAUGGUCAAAAUGUUGUUGACUCAUGAAGCACAGCCAAGUGAGUCCACAACAAAUGUUUAUUUGUUUUUUACCACAAUAUUGAAGUCAAAUAAAACACUUUCAUUAUUGCCUGACCAAGAUCGUUGUUGUUGUCUGUAGUCUUAUUAACAAUGGCAAAUUGGCCAAUUGGAUUUCAACACUACUGCCAAUUGUGGUGAAAUAAAUUGCAUAAUUUAUAUUAAAUUCACAUAAUUAUUUUAAUGGUCCUAACUAUGAGAUAUGCACUGGUCAUGUCCCAACUAUUGUUAACUUUUAUUGUUAGUGUUAGUAACUUUAUUUUUUAUCUUUAAAUUUAGGUGUCCAGUUACCAAUCUUUGAAACUUAUGCAGAUGGCGCCAAUAGUAAGUUGGUCUCUACAGAAAUCUACAUCGUAGAAUUCUCCAGUCAUGUCUGUAGGCCCUUUUUAUUGCUGAUUUCUCUCUUAAAAUGUGGAAUAUGAUGUACCUAAUGCAUUUUUAAGUAUUUUGGUCAGAUACCUUUUUUAACAUACCCGUAAUAAGUGAAAUUCAAUAUAAAUUUUAAUCAGUGACAGAACUGCUGUAACAGCAUGCUGCCUUCCAGGACUUGCAUAGUUCUCAACCCACAGUGGUGUGUAAUAUUGUCAUCUUGAAAAAUAUUCCUGCAUCUCUUCUCACAGGUUAUGAGUUGACUGGCUUAUCACGUGGUGGUCAACAAGUUUCAAAAUGCCAGGAAGUCUAUGCAAAAGCUGUUAAACUACUUGUUGAGCUGGCUUCUUUACAGGUAAAUGCCUCUCUUUAAGAAUGUUCUAAAAUCAAUGUUAUUUUGUCUCUUUUUGGUUAUUCCUUUGUAAUGUAGUAUUGAUAUUAAUAAAUAAUCAAAGGCAAUUUUCCUUAUGGAAGUCACUAUUUUUCCUGACUUUUCCUUACCAGUUCUCCAGAAUUAUCUCUCAGAACUGGACACUCUUAUAGUUGAAUUUAGAUUGAUAUAGACUUUUUUGGAAAAAUUUACAAGUCAUGUAACAGCUAAUGCAUUUGUGAAAGUGCUGUUACAUUUGAGCAAGUAACCACUCCAUUGAAGAAAGAGUUCCAGCUUUGUGUAUGGAUUGGUGUUAAAAAAGAAAGUACAAGACCCCCUAAACCCAAUACAAAGCAAAAUAAUGAGUAAAUUAUGUCAGAUGUCCAAAGUAACCCAAUGUAUUUCUUUUUUUCAGACUGCUUUCAUUACUCUAGAUGAAGCGAUCAAAAUCACAAACAGAAGAGUGAAUGCUAUUGAGUAUGGUAAGAAUUUAAUUUUCUCUCCAUUAAGAUCCUCAGCAUUUCCUUUUUUCAAACCUCUUUGAAUGAUGUUUUUUUUUUUUUGUCUGGUAAAAGUCUUAACUUAAUAUCUAAUCUUUUUCAGUUAUCAUUCCCAAAAUUGAAGCAACAAUAACCUACAUCAUAGGGGAAUUGGAUGAAAGAGAGAGAGAAGAAUUUUACAGGUAUAUACUUGCAAAUGAUUUCUCUAACCAAAGCAACAAAGAUAAUGAAAGCCAGUUUGUGUCUAUGAGAAAUUUGUUAGUUGGCUACUGUAUGGGAAAUUUUGAGGAGAAUUUUACAAGGACUGAGACAGUUUUAUAUGGAUUGGGUCUUGACUUUGGUUCUGUCAAUGAAGAGCAUGUGAUAGAAGGUUCUAUUUCAGCUUAUCAAUUUUUUAAGUAUUUUAAAUUGAAUGUGUAAUUUAUUUUACUGUUGUUAAUUAGAGGUACAGGUUGGUUCCAAAUGUUCAUAUUAUGUGUUAAGCUGUCAGUAGCUUUGUUCAUCAGUGAAAUGUCUCACUUGUACUGUUAUGUUCAAUAAAAUUCUCAUGCUUUUACUUUGUAUAGGCUUAAGAAAAUUCAGGAAAAGAAGAAGAUUAAUAAACAAAAGGCAGAAGCAUUAAAGAAAGCUAAAGGAAUAACUAAUGGUGAGAACAUUUACAACAAUUCUUAAAACACCUCAUGCAAAGUGCCUUUUGGUGCUACAGGCACCAUACAAACAGCUUAUUUACAAAAUUUACUCAACAAACUAACAUUACUGACAGAUCAGAACUGGCCAAUCAUGACCAACCUACACUUGAGUCUUACAGCCAGUAACAUGACAGCAAAACUGACCAAUUAGAUUAAACAAACCAAACUUAUAACAUUGGACCAACAACUGCUCUUUACUCAACUCUGCUAAGGUUUUCAAAACAUCAGUCAAGACUCUCAACAAAUAUCCUUCUCGGAACUAAUCUCACUGGGGCGACAACACAACAGGGUCAAAUGAUAGUAGUCACUGACAGAAGAAUUGUAUACUUAUCUAUAAGCAAAAUCCACUACAAUUUUUCUGAUACCUGGAGAACAAACUCCCAGUCCUUCAAGAGGAUCAUCUUAUAAUCUGUCAACUGGAAAGAAAGAACAAGGGAACCUUGCUAUGUGCAUGAACUAUAUUUGAACCUCUACAAUGUGUCAUACAAAUUUUUUUUCUUUUUGUGGCAGAUCAAACAGCAAAUCUACUUGACGAUGCAGAGGAUGAAGACCUUCUUUUUAAGUAGUGUCUAUGAAAUGAUUCACAGUGCCUAAGAACCUGAAUUUUAUUGCAGCUGUGAUGAAUUACAAGUUAAUUAUUACAAGAUUAUUGUAAGUUGUACCUAUAUGUACACUGAACAGAUGAGUGGAAGGGAAAUCAUCCUUCAUUUUUAUGAUUGCAUGAAUCUUUGAAGAGGUAACUACAUGUAAUAUAAUUUUACAAGGUUGUGUAAUUAUGGUGUGAAUACAAAUUUAUAGUUUGAAGGCAAACAUGUAGGAGUAUGUGUGCCUCUCUAUCUGCAACUACAUGAAGUUGAAUAUGUCUAAAAAAAAGUGGAGUGGUUUAACCCUGUAUCUUACUGAUAACAACUGAGUAUGAACAAUGCACCAUUUUCUUUUAAGUUGAAAUAUAUAUGAUAUGUAAUUAAAAAAUUAUGUUUCAAUGUUAAAAUAAUGUAAUUUUUUAAUAGGCACCAUUUUGGAUUGCAUAGUAGAAUCCCACUACUGUAACUGCAAUGUGGUUAACCCGUCCUCCUCCUGUUAACUCAAACAAGAUCUGAUUUCAGUUAUGUACUAUCACCUUACUGGAAACCCUAUUAACUAGAACCAUUUUUGUUCCCCUUGGGUGUUCAAAUAAGCAGGUUCUACUGUACUUGGUCAUUAUAUUUAGGUUGUCACCAUACUUUCAAGCUGUAGACAAAUACUUUUUUUUCCUGAUUGGUUUCCUACGAAAAUCAAAGACAAUGUUGCAUGAUUCAAAAUGGCCUUGCACACAAAAUUCACCUCAACAAAUUUCUAACAUCUCUUUCAAUUGUUUCUGACCCCAAAUGCUUUUUUCUCCUUCACUACCCAGAAAAUUUCAAUUUGAUUUUGAAGACCAAGUCUUUUUCUCUUCUUUCUUUUUGUUUUGAUAUUUUACAACUUAACAACAGUGGAAGUUUCCUUUCAGCUCCAUCCUUUAAAAGUUCUUGUCAGUGUAAGGAAGUGACAGUCUUGUUGAAAUUAACAGCCAAGUCAACUGUCCAAAGAUUUGAGCAGGAGAAUUACCUUAAUAUUACUGGAAUGCACUAUUAAGUUCAAAGAUUAAAAACUUUUCCCCCCCCCCCCCCUCCCACCCUGGCAAAUUACAGGGGCAGGUGGGGAUUUGAGUAUGAAGUGUCAAGUCUUUCCAGCCGAACAUGAGAGUGUUUAAGGUACAUAGUUCACUUUUGUGAGUGAAUAGCUCAGAAGUAAAGGUGCUAGGCAUUUGAACACAGUUUUUGCCUUGGGGAAGGGAAUUUGAAUAAACCAAUUUUAAUGCCUGUGGAAGGAGGAUGUUGAAGCUUCUAACUGAUAAAGGGGGUUAGUUUCUAAAGAAACUGUGGUGUUGUCAGUGGGAGAGUAUAACAGGGUAAUAUAGUAUUAUCAACUGUGUUGAUAACAUAAACUGGCCACCAUAACAAAUUACAUAGCAGAAGUUUCGAGCGCUAGAGUGCAGGGCAAAUGUUCAGCUAACCCUGAAAACAUCAGCUCUGUAACUCUUUACAAGGGCCAAUUUACUUUAUCACCUCAGUUGGUAAUACUAAUUUUAAAAAAAAUACCCUUCAAAUUGAUAGAGGCAUAACUAAUAACUUCAAUACAUCAAUAUCCAAGUAAGAAUUAUCUCUACAAGAAUGAGUCAGAGGACUAGACUAAGUGUAUUUUUCUCACUGUGUUUAUUGAAUUAAAUAUAACACAAUAUCACUUGCUCUGUUUCAGUCAUUACAAACCCAUUUCAUGGGAUUUCAAUUAUUCAUUUUCCUGUUGUGUUUAACUUAGUAAUACAAUGUACUUAUUACAUUCUUUCUUACCAUUCUAAGGG